AUGACCUCAAUCAUAGCAUCAACGGUCUCGGCGGUGACUUCUGCUUCGCCCACAGCGACGCAUCGUGCCUCGCCGCAAGGAGGAAUCGUCGAGGGAGCGAAUCCAAGUAAAUAUGAUCCCAAGAAUCCCCUCAUCCUGUUUAUCAUUCAGGCCGGAAUCAUCAUUGUAUUCUGCCGAGUCCUCCACUACCCCCUCUCCAAGUUCCGCCAACCUCGUGUCAUUGCGGAAGUCAUUGGAGGAAUUGUACUAGGCCCCUCGGUGAUGAUGCGUAUCCCCGGGUUUAAAGAGGCCAUCUUUCCUGAUGAAUCGAUGUCCAAUUUGAAUCUGGUCGCCAAUAUCGGUUUGGUCCUCUACAUGUUCCUGGUUGGCCUGGAGGUGAAUAUGGCUAUGUUCGUCUCGAAUUGGCGUGUAGCUCUAAGUGUAAGUGUUGCCGGGAUGAUUCUGCCCUUUGGGCUGGGUUGUGGCAUUGCUUAUGGCAUCUUUCACGAAUUCCGAAGCGAUCCUGGGACGGUUCCCAUCACAUUUGGGACGUACAUGUUGUUUAUUGGCACCGCUCUUUCAAUCACGGCUUUCCCGGUCCUCUGUCGAAUUCUCACCGAGCUGAAGCUACUCGGAACCCCGGUUGGUGUCACAGUUCUGGCAGCAGGUGUGGGCAAUGAUGUGAUCGGAUGGGUUCUCCUAGCGCUCUGCGUGGCACUGGUCAAUAAUGGAUCUGGUAUUGCUGCCCUUUAUGUGUUGCUUUGCUGCGUUGCAUGGGUUCUAUUCCUGGUUUUCGCUGUCCGCCCAGCGCUCCGCUGGGUCUUGAAACGAUCUGGGAGUCUUGAGAAUGGGCCUACCCAGGCUAUGGUAGCCUUGACCAUAUCAUUGGCUCUCGCGUCUGCCUGGUUCACCGGCGUCAUUGGAGUGCAUGCUAUUUUUGGAGCUUUCCUUGUUGGACUCAUCUGUCCUCACGAGGGUGGUUUCACCAUCAAGCUUACAGAGAAAAUUGAAGAUCUUGUCUCUGUUUUCUUCCUUCCUCUCUACUUUGCCCUCUCUGGGCUGAGCACCAACAUUGGCCUGUUGGAUGCUGGAAAAACGUGGGCGUAUGUCUUCGGAGUUAUUGCGGUUGCCUUCACCGGGAAGAUCGUGGGUGGCACUUUGGCUGCCCGGGCUUGCAAACUCGUCUGGCGUGAGAGUCUGACUAUUGGUGUACUGAUGAGUUGCAAGGGUCUUGUUGAACUUAUCGUCUUGAACAUCGGCCUCCAAGCCAAAAUUCUCUCGACAAGAACCUUUACGAUAUUUGUUGUCAUGGCCCUGGUCACGACUGUCUCAACCACUCCACUGACUCUAUCACUGUAUCCACUUUGGUACCAGAAGAAGCUUGAAGCUUGGAAGAGAGGAGAGAUCGACUGGGACGGAAACCGUUUGAUGGCUGAAGGUGACACUACCUCGGAGGGCUCUCUCGAUAAACACCGGAACACGCAAGUUCGCCGGCUUCUCGUGCACCUUCGACUUGACAGUUUGCCUAGUCUCUUCACAUUCAUAUCCCUGCUUGGUGGCGACAAGUCGGUGGUGGCCACGAAGACUCACAGAUCGAAGGCCCAGCUUUCAUCCGUACCUGAAGAUGGAGAUUCGGAGGUUCCCAGCUUAGCCCCGAAACGGCCGCUUGAGGUUCAUGGUGUUCGCAUUCUUGAGCUGACUGAGCGUACUUCAUCUGUGAUGAAAGUCUCAGAAGCGGAUGAAUAUGCCUAUCGCGAUCCUGUCGUAAACGCUUUCAGGACUUUUGCCCAACUGAAUAAUGUUGCGGUCACUGGAAACGUAUCCAUUGUCCCUACAUCAUCAUUUGCAGAGACUUUGUCGACACAAGCAUCCGAUCACCCGUCAGACCUCGUCUUGCUCCCAUGGAGCGAGACUGGAGCGACUUCGGAGGUUGAUGGCCAGAAAGAGUCACUCUCCAGUAACGGGCAGGACGUCUUCAUCCAGGAAACACUUAAGACUACCACAUGCAAUACUGCGGUCUUCUUCAACCGUGGCUUUGGCGGCCCUACAGUCCAUGAGGCUCGACCUCUCAAUCGUGCCGUUAGUGGGCUCAGCUUAAGGAGUAACCGUGGUUCUCCUAUUACCCCUGUUGUCGACCGAAGCCAUCACAUUUAUUUUCCCUUUUUCGGCGGCGCUGAUGAUCGUGUUGCGCUCCGGUUCGUACUGCAACUUGCGCAGAACAGCAAUGUCACAGUCACCAUUGUUCACUUCACCAUGCCAGUUCUACCGAAGACGCCCGAAGUUACACAGGAGCCCUUGAGUUCCUCAUCCCGCCGUAGCUCAUCACAGGGAGGCCCCACUGUGGUGGAUCCAGAAGAUCUAUCCGCAAAUUCCGCGCAGGAUAUCGCCCUCUUGCACACAUUACGUGACUCCUUACCUACGGAUCAGAUCAACCGUGUAGUCUUCGUCGAAGUCCCAACCACCACACCAAUCGCAGACUGUCUCCAUUUCGCGCAACAAGAAGUCGGGCAAUCACCAAAGAACGCAGGGGAUCUGAUUGUGGUAGGCAGAGGAAGACAUCAACGUAUGGCCGAUUUCGAGCAGCAUGGGAAUGCUGGUUCCGAGCUGCGCGAGACGUUAGGCGUUGUUGCGGAGGCGAUUAUCUCGUCUCGUGUCAAGGGGAGUGUUUUGGUCAUGCAUGCCGCUGGACGCGGUCUCGAGUUUUAG